AUUAAUUCGCGUGCAUCUUGAAGCGGCGUGUGCACGCGCCCUUGCCUCUCUCAGCGCGCGACAUAAGGGCACGCGAAUUUAAACCGCAACAAUAUCAAUACCUUUCAACGACCAGGAUCCUCGUGCAUAUUCGCAUCCCGUCCAGAAAACUUCGCGGAAACUUCGCAGGCGUAAUUUUACGGAUUACAAAUUCUUCAUUUCAAGCACGGAAGACAAGAAUAAACAGUAAACACACUGUGUUUCAUAAAGGGAUUGCAAUGUUUCCGACCAAGGCGAUAAUCUUGGUGCUUCUUUUCUUUGGCAACGCAGUUUCUCUGCAGGUCGACAUUACACCUGCACAGGGCGAGAUCAGUGUUGGAGAAUCUCGAUUCUUUUUGUGUGAAGUUAUCGGUGGGGCCAAGGAAAUCGACUGGUUUGCUCCAACCGGGGAGAAAAUUGAGCUGGGCAGACUGGAUGUCAGUGUGAUUCGCAAUGACGAGACGUCCUCCACUCUCACCAUCUAUAACGCCAAGGUUGACAACGCUGGCACAUACAAAUGUGUGGCCAGCAGUGGUGAUCGGGAAGCCGAAGCCACUGUCAAUCUGAAGAUAUACCAAAAAAUUACCUUCACAAAUGUCCCAUCACCUCAAGAGUUCACUGAAGGGGACAAUGCCAUUAUAGUGUGUGACGUCAUAAGCUCACCUCCACCCACCGUCCUCUGGAAAUACAAAGGUGCAAAGAUCCAGUUCGAAAAAGAUGUCCGUUUCAGGACUUUGAAUAACAACCAUCUCCAAAUCCGAGGGAUCAGGAAGACCGACGGGGGUGUCUACACUUGUGAGGGCCGCAUUAAAGCCCGCGGAGAGGUUGACUUCCGCAGCAUUAAAGUGGUUGUUAACGUCCUGCCCACUAUACGAAUCCGUCAAGUGGAAACGAACGGCACCGCUGACAUGGGCUUCUCAACCCUGCUGGCCUGUGAUGCUGACGGAUUUCCUGAGCCGAUGGUGACCUGGGCAUGGAACAACGUUCCACUGGAGAGCGGCGAAAAAUACAACUUCAAUGAAGACGGCUCUGAGAUGACAAUACUAGAAGUGACAAAGCUGGACGAGGGAGAUUACACAUGCAUUGCUAAGAACAAAGCUGGGGAGAGCGAACAAGAACUUAGCCUUAAAGUCUUUGUGAAACCCAAAAUCACAUAUCUGGAAAGCCAGACUACAACAGAAAUGGAUGAACAGGUCACAUUAACGUGCGAGGCCACCGGAGACCCCACACCCACCAUCACGUGGAGCUUCGGCACCCGGGUCUUCACCGAGGGAGAGCAGGAGCACCAAAAAAGGAUUUAUCAGGCCUCUUGGACUCGACCCGAACAGCACAAGAAUCCUGAUGGUGACGUGUUGGUCCGCAGCGACGCCCGUGUGUCUUCUCUCACCCUGAAGUACGCUCAGUACACCGAUGCCGGCGAGUAUCUCUGCACCGCCCGCAACGCCAUCGGAGAGAUGGCGCAGCCCGUGUAUCUGGAAGUGCGCUACGCCCCGAAAAUCCUGGGCUCAAUAACGGUGUACACGUGGGAGGGCAACCCAGCCAACAUCAGCUGUGAAGUGCUGGCUCACCCCAGCAAUGUGUCUAUUACGUGGCUGCGAGACGGCGUCCAGCUGCCUAACGCUAACAUCUCAAAUAUCAAGAUCUAUAACACGCCUUCCGCCAGCUACCUGGAGGUCAAUCCAGAGUCUCAGAGCGACUUUGGCAACUACAACUGUACUGCCUCCAAUGAGAUCGGGACCGAAUCCAAAGAGUUCAUCGUGAUCCCAGCUGAUGUGCCCUCGGCGCCGUCCAUCACUCAAGUGCAGCCGUACUCCAGCACGGCUCAGGUGCUUUUCGAGGAGCCCGAGUCCACUGGAGGAGUUCCUGUGCUCAAGUACCGAGCCGAGUGGAGAGCCGUGGGCCGAGGGAAAUGGGUGCAGCGAGUCUAUGAGGUGCAAGACGCAGGACUGAGUUCAGUCACAGUCGCCGGCCUUAAACCCGAAACCGAUUACGAAGUCAAGAUGUCUGCCAUUAACGGCAAGGGCGAAGGCGACGGCAGCCAGUCAGUGGUCUUCAAAACCGAGCAUGUCCGGUAUUCUUACACAAAUGGGAUUUUUCAUUUUCACACUGAGGACACAGAAGGAGAGCCAAGUCCCCCUAUACUAGAGGGCACUCUACAACCCAAAGGCAAUUCUCUCAAAGUUAAAUGGACCAAACAAGAUGAUGGAGGGUCACCAAUCACACAUUAUUUGGUCAAAUACAAAGCUAGGGAAGACUCUGACUGGAAGCCCGAGAUCCGUCUGCCUAAUGUGAGCGAGUAUGUAAUGCUGAUUGGGCUGGAGUGGGACACCGAGUAUGACGUGUUCGUGGUGGCAGAGAACCAGCAGGGCAAGUCCAAGCCUGGCACUCUGACCUUCAGAACCUCAUCGGAGCCUGCAGCUACCACAGACUCCAUGGAAGAUGGGACGGGCCUGAACACUGGAGUAAUUGUUGGUAUUCUUAUACUGGUGUGUGUGCUGCUCUUGCUGAUCGUGGACGCCACCUGCUGCUUCCUCAACAAGUGUGGCAUCCUCAUGUGCAUCUGCGGUAAACCCGGGCAAGGCACCAAGGGCAAAGACAUAGAGACGGGCAAAGCUGCCUUUGUUCAAGAUGUGUCUAAAGAGCCCAUUGUAGAAGUGAGGACAGAAGAAGAGGCCACGGCCAAUCAUGAUGCAGAAGGCCAUCCUGAGCCCAAUGAGACCACGCCGCUGACUGAACCAGAGCAAGUGACGGAAACUGCCACUGCGGUGGUGGACUUGCCUCUUUCCGUGCCCACUAACUCCGACACAGUCACUCACACCACUGACCUUAGCCAGAGCAGCCCAGUUAGCGAGAGCACCACUCUCACCUCCAGCAUCACAGCGCCUCCCUCUGACUCUCCUAACCCCAUCCACACGACACCACCCAACAGCAGCACGCCCAAAUCUCACACCAAACCCUCCAGCUCAUCUCCCCCGUCUUCCGACCCGGCUAAUGUUACUCUCCUGGUAGACCUGGGUGAUUCCCCAGAACCACAAACUGAGGUUCCUCCAGUGGUCCCUUCAGAAGAACCAGUCCCAGUGCCUCCUCCUUCCCCUUUCAGCGCUGACCAAUCAGCUGCUAUAAACUCAAAAAUCACAGAAAACGAAUUAGAGUCGCCCGAGUCUCAUGCCACUUUAAAUCCCAUCAGCCCACAGGGCAGCGUCGCAAUCCCCUUAGUGAAUCAUGAACAUGAGAUUGAUGGAGAGCUCCCACUGGCUCCAGACACAGACGUCCCUCAGGAUGGGUCACAUGCUGUGGGGACAGCUGGCUCCAGUGGCCCAUCUGUUCCAGCACAGGACGAGAAAAUUCUGGAUGAUGAGAAGAGUAUGACUGAAAACGCAGAUCUGAAGAAAGUUGUGCCGGGAACUGGAGCAGAACCCAACGCCCUCACGCAAACAAACGCUACUGAAAGUAAAGCAUGAGAGGACAAGUGAAGGAGUAAAGGCGUCGUGGUGACCAGGAACGUGUUUGUUUAACAGUGCCCUUAAUGAAAUUUUCUGAACAAAACGGUGUAUCUACAGACAGAAGUUUCACUUACGAUGUACUGUAUGUAUGUAUGCAUUUUCCUUUUAUUUUUGUUGAUUUAAGUAAACUUCCAGAAGUUUCUGUAUCAGAGUUAAACGGUUAUCGAAUUCAUAUAAUUCAAAGAUAUUCUUAUAGAGGUUCUUGUGUUUCUUUGUACAUUUUUUUUUCUGUCAGACGAAUAAUAAUUAUAGCAGGACAUCAAGUUAUUCAGGAGAAUGGUUUAUUCAGUAAUACACAAACAAUUUAUUUACAAAGUACAUUGUUAAAAUGUAAAUGAUUUCUCCUAUUUUUUUAUCAUGAGUGUUUGAGGGCUAGGUUCGAUUUGUUGUUAGUUUUGUAUUUUAUUAUAUUUUAUCAUU